GACUAUAAAUCGGUGAGUCCGUCUUUCUCAGCUCUCUCAUCUCAUAAAGCAUAUUGAAAAAUAAUACAAUAGAUAUGGACAUGGCUUUUACGCAAGUUUGUUUAUGGACGCUACUCGCCUUCGUGCUGACUUGGACAAUAUUCCACGUCACCAACAUGAAGAAGAAGGCGGCGAAGUUGGUGGAUGUGGCGGCCGGGGAGAGAAGAGACGGUGGUGCUGACGUUAUCAUCGUCGGAGCCGGUGUCGGCGGCUCAGCUCUCGCCUAUGCUCUUGCUAAGGACGGGCGUCAAGUACAUGUGAUAGAGAGAGACAUGAGACAACCAGAGAGAAUGAUGGGUGAGUUUAUGCAACCAGGAGGACGACUCUUGCUUUCUAAGCUUGGUCUUCAAGAUUGUUUGGAGGGAAUAGAUGCACAGAUAGCCACCGGCUUAGCAGUUUAUAAGGACGGUAAAGAAGCAGUCGCGCCUUUUCCAGUGGAGGACAACAACUUUCCUUAUGAACCAUCUGCUCGAACUUUUCACAAUGGUCGAUUCGUCCAGAGACUGCGCCAAAAGGCCUCUUCUCUCCCCAAUGUGCGACUUGAAGAAGGGACGGUGAAGUCUUUGAUAGAAGAGAAAGGAGUGAUUAAAGGGGUUACGUACAAGAACAGUUCAGGCGAAGAAACAACUGCCUUUGCACCUCUCACUGUGGUAUGCGACGGUUGCUACUCUAACCUCCGUCGCUCUCUUAACGACAACAAUGCGGAGGUUCUGUCGUACACAGUUGGUUACAUCUCAAAGAAUUGUCAGCUUGAAGAUCCAGAAAGGUUAAAGUUGAUAAUGUCUAAACCCUCCUUCACCAUGUUGUAUCAAAUCAGCAGCACCGACGUUCGUUGUCUUACGGAGCUUUUCCCCGGCAAUAUUCCUUCUAUGGCAAAUGGUGAAAUGGCUGACUUUUUCAAAAAUUCUAUUGCUCCUCAGGUACCUCAAAAUCUCCGCAAAGUAUUUUUGAAAGGGAUCGAAGAGGGAGCACAAAUAAAAGCGAUGCCAACAAAGAGAAUGGACGCUACUUUGAGCGAGAAGAAAGGAGUGAUUGUGUUGGGAGAUGCAUUCAACAUGCGUCAUCCAGUAGUCGCUUCUGGAAUGAUGGUUUUACUCUCUGACGUUCUCAUUCUACGCCGCCUUCUCCAGCCAUUGGCCAACCUCGGUGAUGCAAACAAAAUCUCAGAAGUUAUUAAGUCAUUUUAUGUCAUUCGAAAGCCAAUGUCGGCGACGGUGAACACACUAGGGAAUGCAUUUUCUCAAGUGCUGAUUGCAUCGACGGACGAAGCAAGAGAAGCAAUGAGACAGGGAUGCUACGAUUACCUCACUAGUGGCGGCUUUCGCACGUCAGGAUUGAUGGCUCUGCUCGGCGGCAUGAACCCUCGUCCACUCUCUCUCAUCUUUCAUCUCUGCGCCAUUACACUAUCCUCCAUUGGUCAACUUCUCUCUCCUUUUCCCUCUCCUCUUAGCAUCUGGCAUAGCCUCAGACUUUUUGGUUUGUCUAUGAAAAUGUUGGUUCCUCAUCUCAAGGCUGAAGGGGUUAGCCAAAUGUUGUCUCCAUCAUAUGCAAUCGCGUAUCGCAAAAGCUAUAUGGCCACAACAGCUCUUUAAACAUCGAUGCUCUGAACCGCGAAUAAUAUAACAACAUAUAUGGAGCGUUCAGCUUUGUGAUUGUGCAUUUGCUAAAAUUGUAUUGCACUGUGCUUACUAUUAUUUAGUAUAUAUAUAGUUGGAAUAUAUACAUGUCGGUAUAUUCUGUAGACAGAAAAGGAUUGUAAUAAGAAAACGACUUCUCGUACAAUUGCUGGCAUUAAUUCUCUUACAU